ACAAACGUAAACGAACAAGUCGAAGGACAAAAGUAUAACUUACUUAAAAUAUGUGAUGAAAAUGAACUUAUUGUACUACCACCACCAAUACCUACCCAAAACCAAACAACGGAAAACAAGUUCGCAGAACCAAGUAUGGGCAAAAACCCAACAGGGCAAUACCCUGCCUCAUGCAACUGCAUUCCUAGAAUAUGAGAAAUGUGGACAGAAUGGCAUACAAUUAAAUGAGGGUGAAUGCGAUUGAUAUUGACCCUAUCUAUUGUAGUCAUGCCGACGCUGCAAUUAUAUGAUAGGCACUAGUUGAAUGACAUUUUACAAACCUAUUGCUUGUAACCUCAUCUUGAGGCAUAUUGAAAUUGUAGGUAUUUCCUUUAAUGUAAUAAAUUAAAUUAUAUUCAAAGUUUGUGAACCAUACUGAGUGUUAGAAAUAAAAGAUAAUAUUAAAACUGCCAACAUAUUCCGCCCGCCUUGGAAGACCGUAGUCUUUCGAAACAUACUACACUUAUGCGGAAUAUAGCUGCCUUAGACACUACCUAUAAGAUAUCGCAAGAUCUAUGGUCAUUAUGAUAAACAACCUAUGUAUGAUAAACAACAUUGUUUUUUUAAAGGCGUCAUUAGUAAACGCUUAUGAACUACAUUAAUUGCUACACUUCACGAUUCAUGUCUCAAUUCACAAAACCAAUCCCGUUGAGUUUUUUGAAAGCGGCAUCACCCAACACUGAAAUUUACGAACCAUACGGUGCAGCAUCCCGGGGAUUGGUAGGACCCUCUUCGACAGGAAGAAUUGAUAGUUUGGUGGCUGCUCGCUUUACUUCCCCGGUACUGGUUUUGAUGGUAGCUGCACGUAUGAUGCCAUACUUCCCAGGGUGCACGUCCACGACACGGCCUGUUUUCCAUCUCAGGAAAGGAAGAUUGUCCUCACGUAGCAGCACCAAUUGUCCUUGUUCCAGUUUUGGUCCCAUUGAAACCCUCCAUUUGCUCCUUUGGUGCAGCUGGCCCAGAUACUCCUUGGACCAACGAGUCCAGAAGUGUUGCUUCAAUUGACAUAUAUGCUGCCAUCGUGAGAGUCUCGUUGCUGGCAGAUGUUCAAUGCUUGCCUCCGAAACGGAUGUCAGCGAGUCUCCAAUAAGGAAGUGACCGGGAGUGAGGAAGGACAGGUCAUUCGGGUCAUUGGAGAUUGGAGUUAAUGAUCGUGAAUUUAAAAUGGCUUCGAUUUCACACAACAACGUGCUAAAUUCUUCGAAAGUUAGUGAAGCGUCCCCAGCUACACGUUUAAUGUGGUGUUGACCGCGGCCUCCCACAAACCGCCAAAGUGUGGGGACCGAGCUGGAAUAAAGCUCCAGCUUAUACCUUCAUUUAGUGUUAUAGUUUGUAUUCUGUUAAUAUUGACCUUAAUAUAUAACAAAUUGUGCAUUUCUUUUAGUUCCAUAUUAGCACCAACAAAGUUGGUACCAUUGUCGUAUAAUUUUGAGACCUUGCCUCUACGGGCUAUGAACCUCUUUAGAGCGGCAAUGAAUGACUCAUUAGACAAGUCACUGACUAAUUCAAUGUGAACGGCUCGAGUAGAAAAACAAACGAAUACAGCGGCAUAAGCCUUCACAAUACGUCUGCUCUUUCGCGAGCCUUCCUUUAAUUUGAAAGGGCCACAAUAGUCCACACCUGACACCAAAAAUGGUCGAGUUGGUUCGACGCGUUCAACUGGUAAGUCACCCAUAUUUGGUUGCGAAAUUACUGGGUUUGCACGGAAACAAGUAAUACAUUUAUUAAUUAUACGUUUUACACUAUUUCGGGCAGAUAUCGGCCAGUAUUUCUGACGUAUAGCAGCAAGUGUCGUUCGUGACCAGCGUGUAGUUGUGUUUUAAGGACACGCAUGAUUGAAAGAUCGGUAAAACUAUGUUUAGCCGGAAGAAGAAUCAGCUGCUUUUUACCGAAAGGUAUAUUUGAGUUUAUAAGCCUACCGCCUACUCUUAAUGCGCCAUCAAUGGCAAUAAAAGGACAGCGCAAGUAUUUUACUACCAUUGUGCUUAUUUAUUUAACUGCAACGUACAGUCUAAAGAGUUAAAAGACAUAUGGUGACGAAUCGUGUGGUAAGCUGCAGCCCCUUCAGCAGCGACAGUCUUCUCAUUAAUUGACGAUUUCUUUAUAAAAAUGUCUAAGGCUUUAGAAGUCCCUGCCUGGGAUUGUAAUCUGUUCUUAUGCUUGGCUGUUUUCUGAUGUUCCUCAAUAUCUAUCGCACCUCUACUGGCUGUAGAGAUACUGGAUUCACAAAUACAACGAUACACUUCAGAGUCAGAUUUGCCGCGUUUGAACGAGGGAAACCUUUUUCCUAAAGCUUCAUUGAAUGUGUAUUUUCGUUUCGGCAUGCUUUAGAGGAAACAUUAAACUUAUAAACACAAUUCUACAGCUGAA